AGCCAUCUUACGCACUCGCUUUACACCCCCCAAAUAUGUCACAACUCAACACCUAAAACUCACAAAGACAAACACACAGAGAGAUAUACUCAGCCACAGUCGGUUGAUGUCGUCAUGCACACCAUUUUAUCUGUAAAAUUCCAGUUGAAUGGAAACGAGCAGCAAACUCCAACUUUAAUUUUUUUGCACAUUUACACUUAGCUGAUAACAGAACAGUGCAAAAAGUGGAUGGUAACUUGACAUUUACGUUGAAGAUUCUCUUUCUCCAUAAUAUGCCCAUAAUUAGAUCAUCCAACUGCAAUUCCCAAGCUGAUUAACUCACUCCCAGACAACCUACGAGCAUUUGAUUCAAUUACCGGUAGCUCUUUUAAAAAGUUUUCCUUUCUCACACAGGUGGAAAACCUUUGAAAUCUCUGAUGUUGAUGCAUAGAUGAGAAAGGAAUGGACAAAAGAUUUGAAGAGACUUACACUGGCUUCCUGGCCCCUGGUCUGUGAAACCUUUGCAGAGGAGGGAUUCAUUAAUUUGUGGAAGGAUAAAUUAAGCUAAUCUUCCCGCUUAUAAUAUCUGUGACCUGUUGCUUGAGUGACAUUCAUAUUAAGAUGCUCCGCAAGGGACUUGUAUAUUGACGAACAAGAAACCGCUUAAAUAUUUUAAACUUUUUUUUGUGUGUGCUUUGGACACUGAGAAAGCUGUGGAAGGGUGACUUGCAAAUUAUUUUGCAAGCCCAUCAGGAUAAAGUAUUAUCACCACUGUUGGCAUUGUCACUCACUGUUUGGCAGAGAGAGAAUAUUUAAGUCAUGAGUACAGCCAGAAUGGAGAAUCCAGUGAUUCUGGGACUGUCGAAUCAGAAUGGCCAAAUGCGAGGCUUGGUGAAGCCAGCAGGGGGGCCUGGAGGUGGUGGAGGGGGUUCCCAAACAACGCAGCCUGCCCAGGUCAAGGCCUCCAGCACAGUCAACAAUGGCCACUCCCAGCCUGCACCCACAGCUAACACCAUCAUCAAGGCUGGGGACGACUGGAAGAAGAACCUAAAGCUUCCCCCAAAGGAUUUGCGCAUGAAAACCUCAGAUGUGACAUCGACCAAGGGAAAUGAGUUUGAAGAUUACUGCCUGAAACGGGAGCUGCUUAUGGGCAUCUUUGAGAUGGGCUGGGAGAAACCGUCACCUAUACAGGAGGAGAGCAUUCCCAUUGCGUUGUCUGGGAGGGACAUUCUGGCCAGAGCCAAGAACGGCACAGGAAAAAGUGGCGCCUACCUCAUUCCCUUACUUGAACGAAUUGACCUGAAGAAAGACAGCAUACAAGCGUUGGUCAUUGUGCCCACUAGAGAACUGGCUCUGCAGGUGAGUCAGAUCUGUAUCCAGGUCAGCAAACACAUGGGCGGGGUCAAGGUCAUGGCAACUACAGGUGGAACCAACCUCCGUGAUGACAUCAUGAGACUCGACGAAACGGUGCAUGUUGUCAUUGCCACUCCAGGAAGAAUUUUAGACCUCAUCAAAAAGGGGGUGGCCAAAGUCAGUCAAGUACAGAUGAUCGUGUUGGAUGAGGCAGAUAAGCUCCUGUCACAGGACUUUGUACAGAUGAUGGAGGAAAUUCUGAGCUCUUUGGCAAAGCAAAGACAAAUUCUGCUGUACUCUGCCACCUUCCCUUUAAGUGUGCAGAAAUUCAUGAAUUCCCAUCUGCAGAAGCCCUAUGAAAUAAACCUGAUGGAGGAGCUGACCCUGAAGGGGGUUACCCAGUAUUACGCCUAUGUGACUGAAAGGCAGAAAGUCCAUUGCCUUAAUACGCUCUUCUCCAGGCUCCAGAUCAAUCAGUCUAUAAUCUUCUGCAAUUCAUCCCAGCGAGUGGAGCUCCUGGCCAAGAAGAUCUCUCAGCUUGGAUACUCCUGUUUCUACAUUCAUGCCAAGAUGAGACAGGAACACAGAAACCGCGUGUUCCAUGAUUUCAGAAACGGCUUAUGUCGAAAUCUUGUUUGCACUGAUCUCUUCACAAGAGGAAUUGAUAUACAAGCUGUGAAUGUUGUGAUCAACUUUGAUUUCCCCAAACUUGGGGAGACAUACCUCCAUCGCAUUGGCAGAUCUGGUCGAUUCGGACACUUUGGUCUCGCCAUUAACUUGAUCACAUAUGAUGACCGCUUUAACCUGAAAGGUAUUGAAGAACAGCUGGGUACUGAGAUCAAGCCCAUUCCCAGCAGUAUUGACAAGAGUCUCUAUGUGGCCGAGUACCACAGUGAGAGUGGGGAGGAGGUUAAACUGUGAGCAGAAGAGAUCACCAAUCGUUUGUCCCCUACAGCCUUUUUUUUGGUUCCCUACUGUGUCUAGGGAGUAGGGGAUUUGAUUAUAUUAUUUUUUUCCCCAGCUAUAUAUCUUGCAUCUGUCUUCCUCUUGCCCCCGGGCUUUUUUUUUUUUUUUUUUUUUUUUCUUUGUCUGGUGCCACCACAAGGAAUGUGACAUUGCGACGGCCCAAUAAUCGGGAUGAACUCAUGGCCUGAUAAAGGACUGUUGCACCAUUUUUUUCACCCUGAAGACUUCAAAUCACUUAUGAGGAGGGAAAGAGGGGACAGGAGGAUCUGAUUUAGCAACAGAGGAAAAAAGUGACUACUGUGCCUGCAAGCACAUCCUCACCCUGCUCUCUAUCCCUAUGCAUCUUCAUGUUUCUAGUCAUUUGUAACAAGUGCCUUAGCAAGCAGUUUAACUUGUUCAAAAAGUAAUAACCACUUUUUUGUUUUUGAGACUAGAUCUCAUCUUUUGUAUAGCUUGUCAGCCUUCUGCCAUAUGACAUCAGAAGAUCCAUUUUGCAUUUGCCACCUUAAGAUAUUUGGGGUGAUUUUAGUAAAAAGAACAUACUUUUACAGCAAGAGCGGUAGGGGCAGCAUGUAUUGUUGUAUGGCCUCUGGCGUACUUGACCAUGGUGUGAAGAGAAAAUCCCCUGGGGAACUGAGAUUAUAUCAGUGAAGAGAAUGACUGCAGUGAUAAGUGGGCAAACGUUCCUGUGGCAAGCUUUCAAAAGUCCCACAAGGCUCUCAAUGGCUUUUUCCUUCAUCCACUCACAGAACAUGCCAUGACUCUAGAGACCCAUAACUCUUUCCCCCUCUGUCUUCAGUGGGCCAACACUAAGAGAGACUAGACCAGACUUGGACCAGCCUUUUCUUUUGGCCAUGAGGAAUCUCCCUUCAGAUGAAUGUGGAUACUUUAUUCCAUCCCCCUUUUUUUCCCUCCUUUUUAUUCAGUGCAGUUUCACAUCCUUAAUGGGUAGGCACUCUGUCUUAAUGUGUCUUUUAUACAGAUCCAGGCACAUUGUAAACAUUUUGUAAAUACAUUUUUUUUUUUUUUUUUUUUUUUUUAAUAGAUUGUUUUAAAAUGAGCUAGCAAGGCUGGAUGACCAUUAGGGAAGAAUGUUGAAAAUAUAUUUUAAAUUCAGGAUUCUGUCAGCACUGGGUGGCACUGUUUUGCUUAUCCCCCAGUUAAGCCAAGUUUAUACCAGUGCACCACCUUGUUAUUAAGAAAAAUUGGACUCAAGUUUUUUUUUUUUUUUUUUUAUCCUAAAAUACUUUGUUCAAGAGUCUAUUUGGUAUAAGCUUGUAGACAUUGUUCUCAAUAUCAUUUGAGCAGGUGGUGCAGUUCAAAUUUGCACUUGUGUAUUAUAAAUUAACUCAUCCGUUAUCCAUUGUUGACAGUUCCUGAUGUGAGUAGCUCAAUCGGCCUCAUUUAAGAAUGAAAACAUGAGGCGUAUUUGCUUUCCAGCCUUUUGCUUGUAACACUGACUUACGAGGCACUCGGCAGGGUCCCCUAGCCUGGGUAACUCUAAUCAUAGAGGUAAUUUAAUAUUUUCAUCAUGUAAUAGUGCUACUUGCUGCAGUGCAGCUCUAAAUUGGCAAUGUGCAAAAAAUUUAAUUUGAGCGAGAUGUGUAGCUGUUACAUGGGUGUGUGUUCACUGCCAUUGGCACUAGGACAUGAUGACUUAACGACCUUUUGGGGGGUUUGAAAGACUUGGACAUUUCCCAUUGGAAAAAUGGACAAAAACAUAUAUGUAAAACAAAAUGGAUGCCAAGAAUUAUGAACAACAGACUAACAAUAUAGCGGCGAAGAGAUCUAGUGCACGAUUAGUCAGUUGUCCUUUUCAUAAGAUGCUGCACAGACUUUACAGAAUCUAAACCUUUGCAGUGUGGGCUGCACUAAGUUUGAACUCUAGUUCAGGGGUUGGGCAAUAAUGAGCACUUGUGCUGAAGGCGCUUGCUCGGUUUGGAUGGAGGUGUUUAGACUGACCGGGAACAGGUUAUUUCUUUUUUUGGGGGGUGUGGGGUUUGAGGAAAUACUGUGGCUGGGACAUGGGUAUUUAACAUGGGUAUUUCAUGGGUGCUGACAACCAAAUAUUUUUGUUGUUUUUUUUUUUUUUCCAUUAUUCUCCAGCGGAAUAUUUAUCUCCCCUCUCCCCAAACACUAAGACUAUUUUUGAAAUUAAAAAAAAAAAUAUUUUUUUUUUUUUUUUUUGCUGGGGAUUGACAUGGGCUUGCUUGAGGUACUUCAGCUCUUCUGCUGCUUUUGGAUAAGUUUUUGACCCGUUAAUUUUAAGGGUUAUAUCUUUAUAGGAUAGGUAGGCAGUUGAGAGGGAUGCAGUUUUUGCUUUUUGUGAUAAUUAGCACAGAAUUGACCUGACAUGAAUUUUACUUUGCGGAUUAACGUGUCCCCAUUUCAAAAUCAAAUGCAGGUGAGAUGUUUCUUUAUAAAUUGAUCAGUAAUGUCUACUGGGAAGUGCCACAAAUACAUUUAAGCUAAAGGUUGUGCUUAAAUUGAGCAUGAUUGAAAGUUACUGUGGUGUCUGUAGGCCCCCUUAUCCUUGUACUCCAGAAUUCGCAAUACUUUCACAGUAACAUGGCUUGAUUCUAAGCUUGUAUCCUCUUCUCUAUUGCACAUUACCUCCCUGUGUGCACAUAGAUGCCCCACCUUUCUAGCCAUCUUGGCUUCUUUUGGGGGGGUAUUUAAAUGGGAGAUCUGCUCUAGAGAGGAGCAUAUGAGGUAAUAGGCUCUUUGGCAGCAGCCUGGUGUUCAUAUGUUAACCACUUGCUGUGAAAAUCACAGUUUGUUCCUGACUUGUUGCUGAGCAGCAAGUGAUUGGAUGUGCUGUGGUCUUUACUAUGGUGGUUGGGAUUUUGGUUAUUUUUUUCAUUAUAUAUAUAUAUUUUUUUUUUGGUAGAAGAAUGAGGUGGAGAACAUCUCACCUGUUCCUGUUUAAAACCAGAAAUUAUCUGAAGGAUACUAAAAUAUUCUCAUAAAAAUCCACUCAUUCUUCAGGGUUUUUUGGGGGGGGGGCGGGUUUGCUGCCCUGAUGUAUCCAUUUCUUAAUUCUGGACACUUGGCCAGUUUACUGUAAUCUGCCUGUUCAGCGUUGGAGUGUUUGGAUACAUCAGCCUGGGUUUGUGGGUGGGGUGGGGGGAAUGGUGAGAAUUGGGUAAUCAAAAAUUGAAGUCAACAAUUCUGUAAUUCUGGUUAAGGAAAAUUAAAUCUCUAAACUUUGCCCUUUAGAUUUGGGAUUUUUUUUCUUUUAAGUGAUAAUCUGUUGGAUAUUGCAUUAUUAAAUGACCAACCAAAUUGAAAUAAAAAGUUCAAGUUUUUUUUUUUUUUUUGUCCUUUUUGAAAUUGGGCAGUUUCAAUUGGCAUUGUUCUCAGUGAUGCUACAUUUUAAAGAUUGAGGUUUUGUGAUGUGUAAAUGCAAUUGUUAACAUCUGUGAUGGUUUUCGUUUAAAAAUAAAGCUCACUGAAGUU